GCUCAUCCACUUCCCACUGCUAUGUCGGUGCAAGCAACAUCUUCAGAACCAUGCACAUUCUUGUCUAACUUGAGCCAGUGUGAACUUUCAAGAUCUGAAAGCAACUUACUUUGCUGAGUUGUUGCUAUUAUAAAGUGCACUUAUCGAGGGGUAUUUUCGUCUAAAAAUUCUGUGUCCAUUCCUCAAGAACGCAAGCAAGAGAAAAGAGUGAUUGAAAUCUAUAGACUUUUCUUAAAUUCGUUUCAUUCCGCUUCCGGGAGACGAAUCGCGAUCCUGUUUUCUUUACAUUCUUCAAUAUUUAUCAAGAUCCCUCCCUAAGGUUUCAUCUUGUGCGAACUCAAUCCCAAAAAUUCGACUCCUUUAUCACAGUUUUGGGAAAUACCAGUUCCUGGUUUCGUGAUUCUCCAGAUUAUCUGAAAUUCUUGAUAUGGGAAGUAGUGAUAUAGAGUAGUAAUGGAUAGUGAAGCCCAUCGUUCUGUAUCUCUACGGGCAACCCGUAGAGCAGACCGGAAUAAUACUCAAUCACACUUUGAUAAAGAUGUUGAAAGUGGUCCAUUUUCACCAUUAGUGAGGACACCACAAGAUUACCCAUCCAAGAUUGUAUGGAAGAAGGGUUUUAUUCGAUUAGUUCUUGUUGCGGGCAUCUUAUGGAUGUUAAUAAUUCUUACUGUCUUAAUGUUUCAUGUCUGGUCUUGCCAAACUUCUAUCACUUUCCUUUCAGCAAUAUGUAAUAGAGAAGGAAAAUUUAUGUUAGUGUUGAACUCGUUGGGAUUUAAACCGAAACCACUACACCGUUGUACAAUUCCUGUUGUGGAUGACCCGGAUUCUGUAGUCAUACCAGAGAAAAGAACCCCAGACAAGUUCGUUGAGAAUUUGUCAUAUAUUUUGGAGGAUGAUGAUCCUUCAAAUAGUGGGUCUCAGCCGCUUUUUGGCGGACAUGAGAGUUGGGAACAGCGAGAAGAAAGUUUUAAGUUAAAUUCUACUAAAAAGGUGCACUGUGGUUUCAUACGAAAUGGAGGUGCUGAAAUGGAACCAGCAGAUGUUAAGUAUGUUAAGAAAUGCAGGUUUGUAGUUGCAUCAGGCAUUUUCGAUGGGUAUGAUACACCUCAUCAACCUACAAAUAUAAGCAGGCGAUCCCAAAAGCUCUUUUGCUUUCUCAUGGCCGUAGACCAACAAUCUCUUGACUUCAUCAAGGAAAAUGUUACAGUCAGAGAUGAUGGUCGCGGAGGGAAGUGGGUUGGUCUUUGGCGCCUUAUACUUCUAAAAACUCCGCCCUAUGAUGAACCAAGAAGGAACGGAAAGGUUCCCAAGAUAUUGACCCACAUGCUCUAUCCCCAAGCAGAAUACAGCAUCUGGAUUGAUGGAAAAAUGGAACUUAUAGUUGACCCAUUGCUUAUGUUAGAAAGAUAUCUAUGGCGUGAUAAGAAUACAUUUGCCAUUGCUCGUCAUAAGCACCACCAGAGCAUAUAUGAAGAAGCUGAUGCAAAUAAGCGUAGGAAGAGAUAUGCUCGACCUCUUAUUGAUCUCCACGUAAAAAUAUACUUCUACGAGGGAAUGGAGCCAUGGAGUGCGAAGAAAGACACAGUUAGUGAUGUGCCGGAGGGAGCCAUCAUUAUCCGCGAACACACUGCACUGAACAACUUGUUUAGCUGCCUUUGGUUCAACGAGGUCAACUUAUUCACACCAAGGGACCAGCUGAGCUUCGGUUACGUUGUUUACAGAUUAGGGUCAGUAUUCAAGUUUUUUAUGUUCCCUAACUGUGAGUAUAACUCACUGUUUGUGUUGCAUAGUCACACCAGGGAACAUUCUUCUCCUGUAGAGUGGGUUAAAUCUCUGGAUGAGUUCAAACGUAAUAGUACUGGACUGAAAGAGAGUAGAGGUGGAUUAGGCUUGUGGAUGCCUUAUCCCGGGGACCUUGAUUCGGUUUCCCUUCCACAUGUAACAAGAACAUCACAGGCAGGCUGAGCUUAGUUAGCAAUUUAAACGGGUUUUCCUAAUUCUUGGAUUCUCUUAUUUGUCAGUUUUCUACUAUUUAUGAUCUGGCCGAAGAAUGUAAGUACAGGGAAAAGGAAACACCACAAUCAUGUAACUUUUAUUUAUGUAGUAAAAUCCUUGAUUUUGUCA